GGUCUGUCGUAUUCUUGGCGCCACCGGCAGCAAACAGGAUUGGAACCGCGAGCUCCUUCGAGCUGAAUUCACAAGUAUAAGGCGCCAAGCCCGUCUGGGAUCCUCCGAAGAUGCGGAUUUAUACGUUGGCCGAGUUCCCACCUGCACCGAAAAUAGGACUGUUGACGCUCGAGGAAGCUGAGGGACGAUUUUACAAUGAGCAAGAGACAGAGAACCUUCUUCAAGCUUACCACAAAGACUCGUUCCCCGAAAUGUCCCUCAUCCGGCUGCAGGACGAGCUCAAUAGACCCUGUUCGGGACCGUUGAAUGCGAAAGCGCAUAUUAUACGACCUGUCACCAGUGACCAGUUGGCUCUUCUCUGGGAAUCGUACAGUGAACACGGAGUUUACGGACUCCUCGAUCACAUCUCGGGAGUGCAGACGCAACCGCUCAGAGUCCUGGCCCUACCGGCACGCUGCGCUCUAAAUAGUUACCACUUCGCCGGCCACGUUUUCGCUUUUUUGCGUGGAUUGGUCUUCCCUCAACUGCAGCUGAGCACGGACGAGAUCUGCUCGAAAUACUCGGAGGUGAGCAUGUGGAGUUCGGGCUUCGUGCGAGCAAUGGCCUGGCAUCCGGGAACCAAGAAACUAGCCAUAGCGCUGCGAAAUGACUCGGUCAUCUUGUACAGUAAGAACUGCGCGACGAGUUCAGAGCUCAGACACCCGAAGCAGAAAGCAGUAACGUCGGUCGCGUUCAGACCGUUCAGUGGGAGUCAAAUCGCCGUCGGAGGUGAGUUAGGUCUCGUCCUGUGGAACAUUCCUGCGGCGAUCACGGUGAAGACUCCAACCAUGCAUUCAGCCUCGGUCCUACUCCCGGGCAGAUUGAUAAGCUCACUCGCAUGGCAUCCGGACGGCAAUGUUCUCGCGGCUUGUUCGGCCAGAUUCGGCGACAUAGUGAUGAUAAGUCCAGCGACUGGAGAGAUCGUGGCAUUGACGACCUUCUCCUUCCUGCCGUCCGCUCAUCUGCUCCGAUGGUCUCGGGACGGUUAUCGGAUAUUUGCCCCAUCUCCGAACGGAGGUUUCUCUAUCUGGGAGGGCAACCCCGUAUGGGACGCCCAGUGUUACGCCUCACAAGUUGUCACAGCGGCUUGCUGGAGUUACGAUGGAUGUCAUCUUCUGUACACCGUCGCAGGAAAAGCCGUCGUCUACCACGUCAGCCUGAACCCCGUCGGUGAACCGAUGGCCGCGGUGCCACAGCCUCGGCCGAUUAUAAAACUAGAAGGACACCCCGAGAAGGUCUCCGGUGAGGCGUCUCUCAUGGAAUGGGAUCCGCACUCCCAGCGGCUGGCGAUCGCUUUUAAAGCAAACACGCGACUCAUCGCAGUUUUCAAAACGAAAAUCAAACCCCUGUUCGACUUACAACCACUUGGCUACAUCAGAGGACCCGCUAUUCCGGAAGCCAUGAAGUUCUGCGAAGAGCACGACGAAGGAGCUCUACUCAGUGUGUGCUGGUCCAAUGGCCACGUGCAGCACAUAAAGAUGCACUUCGAAAUAUCUGCCGCAGACCGCUCAGUCGUCUUGAGUCGCAACGCUGUCAGUGAGCUGAGUGGGGACUUCUCUGACGAAUCUCGGAUAAGCACUGGGGCUCAUUAUUAGGUAUGGUGAUGUCGAUGUUGCUGAUAGUGGUAGGACUCAGUCUGGACCCAUGGAUCACUCAUUCCUUAGUGACUUAAGAACAGGUACCCGGUGAUUGGUAUGGACAUGUUAUUCCAUACCGGAUGAUCCGAGUUCGCCCCGUAAGGUGUCCAGCAGUUGAUUCGCGAAUGAGGACAUUUUAGCCUUCUGUAUAUAAAUGAAUAAAGAAUAUACG